ACCUUGACUGGGAGGCGAGUGGACCGCAUCCAUCCACUCCCACCUGAGUUCUGAAGCGAGGCUGCAGCGGAGCCAGAUGCUUUUUACAGCCUUUUCCACAAAUGAUGUUUUCCACGGAGAGCAAUCGCUGCAGAAACAAAGACAAUGCACAUUUUUCAAAUGAGCCCAGACACAAAGCAGCAGUUGUCUCCAGUUCAGACGUACAGAGGCAGCGUCAGACCCUUCGUCCACUUCAACGCUAAACACGAUGCUGAGGUCCUUCAUAAGGCCAUGAAAGGAAUCGGUACGGACGAGGACGCGAUCCUGAUGCUUCUGACGGCACGCAGCAACGACCAGCGGCAGGAGGUUAAGGCGGCGUAUAAAAAGGCUCAUGGGAAGGAUUUGGUCAGUGCUCUGAAAUCGGAGCUCGGGGGGCUGUUUGAGAGUCUGAUCGUGGCCUUGAUGACCCCGGCCGCCUUGUAUGACGCUACACAACUGCACAAAGCUCUCAAGGGCGCUGGGACUGAUGACGAGGUGCUGAUUGAGAUCCUGGCCUCCAGGUCCGGUGAGCAGCUAAAAGAAAUGACCAAAGUCUACAAGAAAGAGUUUGGCGGCAAGUUGGAGAAAGAUAUCUGCAGUGACACCUCCGGGAACUAUCAGAAACUGCUGGUGAUCCUGCUGCAGGGGAGCAGGGAGGAGGGAGUGGACGAGGAAGCCAUCGAGAAAGACGCUAAGGACUUGUACGCUGCUGGUGAGGGCAAGUUUGGCACAGAUGAGGAAAAAUUCAUCACAAUCCUUGGCAACCGCAGCGCCGAGCAUCUCAGAAGAGUGUUUGACGUCUACAAGAAGCUCUCUGGCUCCGACAUCGAGGACAGCAUCACAGGCGAGACCACCGGGAACCUGGAGAACCUGCUGCUAGCUGUGGCCAAAUGUGCCCGGAGCGUCCCAGGAUACUUUGCCGAAGGCCUGUAUAAAUCUAUGAGGAGAGCCGGAACCGAUGACGGCACCCUGAUGAGGAUAAUGGUGUCGAGGAGCGAGGUGGACAUGCUGGACAUCAGGGCCUGCUUCAAGCAGAAGUACGGCGCGUCUCUCUACACCACCAUCCAGGAGGACACGGACGGCGACUACCAGAAGGCGCUGCUCUACCUCUGCGGUGGGAAUGAUUAAUGCUGUUUGAUGAGCGAUGAGCCAGACGUGAGAUGUUAUUAUCGAUCCAGGCUUGUUGAUUCCUUCUUGACUUUUUUUGGCAUUGACUGAAUUAGUGUGAAUUACCCACUUAUCAUUCUGUCUUAUGAGAUCAGACCGUGUGAUUAAUCCGGUGCAGAUGUCAUCUUUUCACGCACGCUCACUUAUUGUUGCACCUUAUUUGUGACUCACACGUGUUAAAUGCUUCUUAGAAAAUACAAUCCUGCUGCUGAAUUAUUAAACACUACAUGUCGA